CCUCUGCCUUCCUGUGCCAACAACCCCCCAAAAGUUGUGAUGCUUUUCUUUACCCAGUGCUUUGGGGCUGUGUUAGAUCUCAUUCACCUCCGGUUUCAGCACUACAAAGCCAAACGGGUUUUCUCUGCUGCUGGGCAACUUGUCUGCGUUGUCAAUCCCACGCACAACCUAAAGUAUGUGUCCAGUAGACGUGCCAUCACUCAGAGCACUGCAGAGCAAGGCAGCUUCCACCCUCACCAUCUCCCCCACCACCAUCGUCACCACCGCCACCACCACCACCUGCGCCACCAUGUCCACCCCCACCACCUCCACCACCAGGAGGCAGGGCUGCACGCUGCCCAGGUGACGCCCUGCCUGUGCCCCUUGUUCUCCUGCCAGUGGGAAGGCCACCUGGAGGUGGUUGUGCCCCAUCUGCGUCAGACCCACAGGGUUGACAUCCUUCAGGGAGCAGAAAUAGUCUUCCUGGCCACAGACAUGCACCUGCCGGCGCCGGCCGACUGGAUCAUCAUGCACUCCUGCCUCGGCCACCACUUUCUGCUGGUGCUCAGGAAGCAGGAGAGGCACGAAGGGCACCCCCAGUUCUUUGCCACCAUGAUGCUGAUCGGGACCCCCACCCAGGCCGACUGUUUCACCUAUCGCCUGGAGCUCAACAGAAACCAUCGGCGUCUCAAAUGGGAGGCCACCCCCCGGUCUGUCCUCGAGUGCGUGGACUCGGUCAUCACAGAUGGGGACUGCCUUGUCCUCAACACCUCCCUGGCCCAGCUCUUCUCUGACAAUGGCAGCCUUGCCAUCGGAAUUGCUAUCACUGCGACGGAAGUCCACUCCGCAGAAGCUGAGAUGUGAGGCCAGGAGCCACCAGAAGCCCACACACGGCCUGUGAGCCCCGGACCUCUGGAUGUCAGGACACUAGACUCCUUUGUAUUCUUCUCCUUCUUUCCUUCUUUUUUUUUUUUCUUUUAAUUUUGUCUCAGGUAUUUUGUGGUAUUUAGUAUUUGUCUGCCGUGGGCAUUAAUAUCAUGUAAACAUCCUGUGAUUCCAGAUCUUGGUGUGAUGUCUGUCCUGUUUUGUUGACAUAGUUUUAUAGAAUGUUUGUAAGAUUCGAUCAGAGUAGAUAUUUCCUGCCACCCACAGUUCCUUUCUCCACUAUUUCCAAAAGGAAAAGACUAUUGGAGUUGAAAGAUGUACUGUCCAAAUCGUUUCUUCUUUCUUUUUUCAGUCUGUUUUAAGAGGGAGUCCUGCCUCUUUAGGUUGAGUCUGCUUCUCCCCUCUGCCACACUUCAGGCACUGGGGAAGCAUUACACCCAAACCCCAAGAAGUGCUCACUGGGACCCAGUGGGCCUUUCACCAACCCAUUCUGUCACCUCAGCUGGAUCCUGGCAGGCCUCCAAGUGAGUACUUAGUUUCAGGCAGAUUGCCCUGGCUGCCCAUCAACAAUCUUUUCUUCAUCAAAAAUAAUUCAUCCUAAAACACAACACCCUCCCCCUAAACAACCCGAGUAAUUCUCCAGCCACUUUUGCUGCCACCUUACACCCCAAGAACCAGAAAGAGGUCCUUGGAAGAUUUGACAGUUCAAUCCUCUUGAGUCACACAAUAAUUGCCAGAGCCCUGGGGCUAGGGCUUCAUUUUUUCAGAGCCCUGAGUGGGUGACAAACUUUAGGUUGCAUCCUGCUUGCUCUCAGAGCUACGGGACAUGCACCCCCGGGGCACUGGCACUAGUUUUCCACCUCCACCCACAAGAAUGGUCCAGGAAUGACUUGAGGCUGGUUGGUCAGUGCCAGAAAAAAAUAGGCUUGUCUGACUCCCUACUUAGUCCCCGGUCCCUUUCUGUAAUCCAAGACCUGCUUGGCUGUAAGUCUGAUAACUGUAGAAGCCGCAGUUCCUCUCCUGACUUCUGAUACUCAACCAUUUUGAAAACAUCCCAGGUGUCCCAGAUAAACAAAGGAACCUCAUGAAGAAUACAACUAACAUUCAUAGGGCCU